CAUAAUCUUAUCAAAUACUCAAAUACAGAAUAGGCAGUCUCUAUUUGGUCGUACAACUAACGACACAGAAAUGAGUUUUCAAAACAAAGUAGUGUUGAUCACUGGCGGGAGUUCCGGUAUCGGAGCUGCAACUGCAGAGCUGUUUGCUAAAGAAGGAGCUGACAUAGCUAUAGUAGGAAGAAACGAAGAAAAACUGAAGAAUACAGCUGAGAAAUGUGUGAAACUUGGAGCUAAAGUGCUCAUCAUCAAAGCAGACGUCGCGGUCGACAGCGAUUUGAAAACAAUUGUUCCGAAAACUAUCGAAAAAUUUGAGAAAAUCGACGUACUUGUCAACAAUGCCGGGAUACUGACUGCAGCGACUAUUGAAGAUGAGAAUUUAAUGGAAACCUUUGAUCAAACAAUAAACACGAAUCUUAGAUCUACUGUCUACUUAACCAACUUGGUUGUUCCGUACCUGAUCAAGACUAAAGGUAAUGUUAUUAAUAUAUCCAGUGUUCUUGGAAGUUCGAUUCUUGGGAAUCCUCGGCGUUUGGCUUACUGUGUCUCCAAGGCUGGUAUGGAUCAUUUCACCCGAGCCGCGGCAUUACAACUAACAUCAUCAGGUGUUAGAGUUAAUACCGUCAGUCCAGGAGUCACAAGGACUGACGUACUAUUGAAUGCCGGUGUCCAGUUAACGUGGGAGGAAACUGCAAGAAUGUACAAGAUAGACAGAGUUUCAGAACCGGAAGAAAUCGGUGAUUUAAUUCUAUUCCUGGCAAGUGAUAAGGCAAGAAGUAUUACUGGAGCUAACUACUGUAUUGACAAUGGUGCACGAUUGAAAAAUUAAGUGUAUAUGUCCAUUCUGUGGAAUAAUUAAUUACAAAGCAACCAACGCGCUACAGCUUUGUAAAUGAAAGUAAUAUUUUCAAUAAAAUGUCUCGACACUUAUGA